AUGUGGUUUAAGUCGUGUAGUGACGGGGCUCGUCCUAUGUACCCCCUUUAUGGUUCAGUGAAUUGGGUAUGUGAGGAUAUUACAGACCAUUUUCCAACUUCAAAAGCAAACAUCAACAGCAUUACUUGUUUGAAAUGCAACAUUCCCGUGUUAGAUGGUAACUUUAUCCCUUCAAAUUUUCGGGGAGCGACGUUUAAUUUAAGCUACAGCCACGUGAAGAAAAUCCAAGAGGACGCUUUUAAAUCGUUUACAAACACUACUCAUAAAUUUAUCUUUGAUAAUAAUGAGAUUAAUUACAUAGGCAAAAAGGUCUUUAGCAAUUUUUCACAGCUUGACGAAAUUAAUCUUAGGAAUAAUAAAAUAUCAAGGCUGGUUGCGGGAGUGUUUGAUAAAACUAAUGUGACUUUAUUAGAUUUAUCCCAAAAUCAUGUCACAGACCUUACCUCCAUGUUAAACGGGCUAAAAGUCUCCAUGUUAAAUUUAUCAUCAAAUGGAAUUAAAGAACUUGAAGUGAGUGCUUUAGACGGAGUCGUAAUUUGGACAGGUAGACAAUGGUCCCCCAAUAAACAAUCGCUGGACUUAUCUAAUAAUUUCUUAACUUUGAUUAAACCAAACACGUUUAAGUUCUCAAAGGAGGAUAAUACUCUACGCAUCUUGCAUUUGCAAAAAAAUAUGUUGACGGUCAUAGAAAACGACACUUUUGCGCAGUUAAAUUAUCUUUGGCAUUUAUCUUUGGAGCGAAAUUCUAUUUCACAGUUAUACAGGGAUUCAUUUAGGGGAUUGUCAAGCUUACGUGUUUUGAACAUUGCGAAUAAUCUUUUAAUGGAUAUACCAUAUGGAAUAUUCGGCAACACAAGAUCACUUGAACAGUUAGAUCUAUCCCAAAAUCGUUUAACGACCUUAUCAAGAAGUACAUUUACUGGUUUGAGCAGCCUAACAAAAUUAAAUAUAUCGCACAACUACUUCCAAACAAUCGAGGACUCGCAUUUAUUGCCGUUAGGAAAGCUGUCCUCAUUGGACGUUAGUGACACAAGGCUUCACAAGUUCAACUUAAAACAAAUAAUGGAUCAUCACUUUGGAUUAUACACUUUAGUCAUUAAUGAUAACUUUUGGACUUGCUCAAAUUUGUUACAAAUGUAUAAGCUAAUAAAUCGAAAACGAAUGACUUUUAGUUAUCCGUCCAGAUACUUCGACGUUCCAAAUCUGCAUGGAGUUGCGUGUUCUCGACAAGAAUUGGACUCUUACGAUAACCUGUCGUUUGAAAACUUUUUAAGCAUAAUUUCACAAGAUCCAAUUAUUGAAGACAUUUUUGAUGAUCACCUCACCAACGAUAGUGAAAUGAGUGUAAAUACCAAUAUGAUGCAAGAUGUGAAUAGGCUAAGUAUUAUGUUAACAAUUGUAACUGUUAUCUGCGUAAUAUUAUUUGUAUUUUGUGUUGUACAAUACCUUUUUGCAUUUUUACGCUACGGGAAUUUUGUUAAAUCUGACAAAUUUUCCUUUCUAUAUGCACAGAAUCAAGAUAAAGUGGAACUUUUACCUUAA